AUGAGGUUCAUGGCCGAGCAGUAUCCGGCCUCGAACGUCUUGCCCGACACCUCACCUAUCUCGGAAGAACAAUUGACGAGCGAGAUUAAGGGACUCUAUACUGCGCUCGUUAUGUUAGAAGAGAAAUGUACCAAUAUUGACGCCGCACAGGUAGCGGACCCAAGCGCCAAUUCGGAUGCUAGUCAGUGGCAAGCACUUGUUGCACUACAUCGUACGCUCUUGUAUGAGCAUCAUGACUUUUUAAUGGCAACGCAGCACCCGUCGGCAACCCCAGCAUUGCGAGCAUUGCCAACUAGAUACGCUAUGCCCGCAAGGAUGUGGAAGCACGCAAUACAUGCUCUCGCUUACCAGACAGUAGCUCAGCUAUAUGACAGAAUACCAGUCUUCCUGGACACCCGGAUCGAGUGUAUAGCUGAUCUUACCCGUUAUCGUAUAGCGGUGGAAGAGGGGAGGGACGCGCAUGCUCAAUGGGGCAGUGUGGCGGCAUCCUGGUACAUCAAAGCGUCGGAUCUACAGGUGGGCAGAUUACAUCACCACCUCUCGAUUAUG